AUGCAAGCAUCGCCCUCGAGAGCGAACACUAGAAGUGACCCUAAUAUGAGACGAGCAACUAGUCAGUCACCUAGCGUGAGGCACAUUUCACAUAGAAAAGUGAACGCUUUAGAGAGAAAGCCACUCCUUGACAGAGCAAAUUCGGAUAUCGCAGAUUACCAGACUAGUCUAAACAUGCCUCUGGGUAGGAAUAUGAUUCUGCCGGAUAUAUACCGUGAUGAUGUGGAAUCGAUUGUAUACAAUAAUGGUGCUUCUGACACUAGUGGUAAUGAGGGAUACAAAAGAUCAUCGUUGACUCGUGCUGUGACAAAUGAUGACAUGAAUAGUAUGCGGAGUGAUUAUUUGAUGGGAAUGAAUCUUAAUCGAGAGGAUUUAAGUUGGAAGGUCAUUUUACCCUACUACUUGCCAUUUUUGUCGUGGAUCCAUCAUUAUUGUCCAUCCUUCUUUGUGGGGGAUUUGGUAGCGGGUCUUUCGUUGGUCUUUUUUCAAUUGCCGUUGUCUCUUUCGUAUGCUACCUCGUUGGCUCAUGUUCCUGUUAUAUGCGGAUUGUAUUCGCUUGCAAUAUCCCCAUUAGUGUAUAUGGUAUUUGGAAGUGUACCACAAAUGAUCGUAGGCCCUGAAGCAGCUAUCCUGUUAAUCGUAGGACAGGCUGUCGAGCCAUUAUUGCACCAUUAUAAAAAGAAGCAUUCAGAAAAAUUAGAUCCUGUCGACUUAGUCGUUGCUAUUACCUUCAUCAGUGGAGCCAGUCUUCUAGGGUUUGGAUUAGGUAGAUUUGGAUUUUUGGAUAAUGUAUUAAGUGCAUCCUUAUUAAAGGGCUUUAUAAGCGGAGUUGGUAUUGUUAUGGCAAUCAACUCGACAAUCGUGAUGUUAGGAUUAACAGAAUUAUUGCAAGAAAUCACCGAAGAUCCAACAAAGAUGGAUAUCCACUCUCCAUUUGAUAAAAUGCGCUUCUUAGUUCAUCAUUAUAAGCAGUUUCACUCUUUGACAUUCAAGAUUAGUAUAGUAGCUUUUAUUGUGAUCUUGUUGUGUCGUGCCUUCAAGAACUAUAUGUCAAAGAAAGACUCUAGCAUCCUGAAGAAAUGUGUAUAUCUUCCAGAGAUAUUAUUCGUAGUCAUAGCUUCCACAUGCCUUUGUGCUGUGAAUAGGUGGGAUGAAAAGGGUAUUGAAGUCAUAGGAAAAAUUGCUGAUGUUUCGUCAUCUCAAAUUUUGCAUAACCCUGUUGCGGUAGAAAGGUGGUUUCUUAUCAAAAAAUUGAGUACUCCUGGUUUCCUCUGUGCCAUGUUAGGAUUUUUCGAAUCAACGACAGCUCUGAAAUCUUUAGGGUCGAGAUAUGAUUUACCUAUAUCCUCGAAUAGAGAAUUGGUGGCCUUAGGUGCAUUGAAUAUAUUAGUAUCAGUAUUUGGAGGUUUGCCAGCGUUUGGUGGUUACGGAAGAUCCAAGAUUAAUGCGAUCUCCGCUAAAACCACUAUGCUGGGUGCUAUAAUGGGCCUUUGUACCAUAUUUACUAUUUCAUAUCUCUUGGAUGCAUUGUAUUACGUUCCGAAAUGUAUUUUAAGUGCCAUAACAGCUGUUAUUGGUAUUCUGUUAAUAGAUGAAGCACCUCAUGAAUUAUGGUUCCAUUGGAGAAGCAGAGGUUACAAUGAGUUGAUCACAUUUUUCAUUACUGUUAUGACGACGUUAUUUUUCUCAAUGGAAGCAGGUAUAGCAGUUGGAUUGGUAUACCUGUUAAUCAGAGUGAUAAAGCAUUCAGCUCUGUCCAGAAUUCAAAUCCUUGGGCGCAUUGCUGGAUCCAACAAUUUUGUAAACGCAGACGUAUCUCAUAUUGCACCAAAUACGGGAAUUCCCUUUGAUGAUAUUAAGCACCCUGGACAUCCAUUGAAUAUAUUCACCGACGAUAAUUUUACUCAUCUCAAUUUAAAGGUGAUAGAGGAAAUAGAAGGAUGCCUUAUUGUAAAAAUUCCUGAGCCUUUGACAUUUACAAAUACCAGUGAUUUAAGAGGUCGCCUCAAGCGUGUUGAAAUGUAUGGUUCAACUAGAGCCCACCCAGCCCAGAAACGUACAAGAGAUGUAUCAAUGACGAAAUAUGUUGUCUUUGAUCUUAAUGGAAUGACAGAACUUGACUCAUCGGCCGCACAGAUAUUGAAAGACUUAAUCAAGCGUUAUACUAACAGAAAUAUAUACUCAUUUUUCGUGAGGGUAAAUGAAGAUGACAAAUUAAGACAUAGGCUAGAGAAUACAGGUAUUACUAAACUAUUAGCUGAAGUUUUGGAGUCAAUCAAGUAUAAUGAGGCUCAAAAUAGUCUAACGUUUAAUAAAGUUAGAGAUACCAGAAAGGUCGGUGAUCUACAACACGAAAAUUCCGAUAUUACGCAUCCUGAUAUGAAUGAACACAUGGAAAUCUAUAAUCUCACUGAAAAUUCCCAUACCCCUUACUUUGAGCAUAUAAGUGAUGUCUUGAAAGUAAUCGAUUAUUACGAAAUUAGAAAUGAAUUACAAUCUAGACACGAGUUCUUGGACGUAGACCAGGCUGAAAGAAGAUCGAGUUUACCCUCUAUCGACAUUGCUUAA